UGUGUCUCUGUGCGCUGCGUGCGAGCAAAAGGCAACCCUGCUCUACUCGCCGCGCUCUCCACACUGAACUUUCUUCUGCUGCGGCACAACAGCGCCUCGGAACAAUCGUGAAGGAACGAACUGUUGCCGCCGAUCGAUAGUCCCACGCAACAGCGAACAAGAACAACGCUUUUAGCAAAGUAAAGGGCAUCGGCCAAGACAACAACGGUGACACCGACGACGACGACGACGACGGCCACUAUCGUACCGGAAACAGUUGCCGGCAGCAUGAAGCUACUGGGUGGGCACGACGACGGUGGCGGACGCAAUGCAGCCCCGAUCCGCACGCAGGACGAUGCUGCCGUCGGCUACGUGUUCCAGCGGCAUCCGAACGAGACCGAGUUCAACCAGUUCGCACAGAAGCAGUCCCGGUGGGCUUCCGGGGACGACACCAUUAUCGAUAACCAAGACAAGUGGAAGUACAACCCCGCACUGACGAACAACACGCCCGGUGGUCUGCUGCCACCACCGAUCGUACCCGGCGUAAAGCAGCAGCAACAGCAGGUAGCCCAACAGCAGCAGCAACAGCAACAGCAGCAGCAGCAAUCACUUCAGCAGCAGCCACCGAUGCAGCAUCCCCAUCAGCCGCACCAGCAUCAGGUGCAGCAGCAGGUACAGCAGCAGCAACAGCAGCAACAGCAUCAGCAACUGCAGCAGGCGCAGCAGAUGCAGCAUCAGCAUCAGCAGCAGCAGCAACAGCUGCCCAUGAUUAACCAUCCGUCGCAGAUGGCAAACCAUCUGAACCAUCAGAACCAUCUAAAUCAGACGAUGCUGAACCAUGCGACGAUGAACAGCGGAGGCCUACCGACGAUGCAGAUGCCAAUGCAGGGCGGCAUGUACGAUCAUCUUCAUCCGCCGAAUGUGAACGUGAACGGUGUCGGCGUACCGAAGCCGCCCAUGCCGGAGCAGCAGCUCGUGUAUCUGAGCGGCAGUCAGCAGUACGGAACGGUGCUGGCCCCCCAAAACCAGUACAUUCCACGCAAUAACUCAGCGAUUAACACUUCAACUGCCAAGAAAUUGUGGGAGAAAGGAGGAUCCAAUGACGUCAAGGUAGCAGCCGCUGCCACUGGCCCUCUUCCACCACUGCAAUUGCACGGCACCACUGACCAUCCGGUAUGGCGCGAUUCAACCUGGUCAUCUCAGGGCGAUGCGAUUUUGGCGGCACCGCGACGUAUUUUCCAACACGGAGCGGAAUCCAAUCCGACUGGUUCAACGGGAAUUCUAAGCCCACGAGACUCGACCGGAGGACUAGGUGUAAAGAUGGUAGAAUAUGUACUGGGCGGUUCCCCGACAAACAAGGAAAGUCCAUUGGCUAGCUUGGACUCGCGCUUCAAGGGAUUGAAGUUUGAUGAUGGAGACAAGGCUUCUGAUGAUAAGGACAAAGCAAAUUCGCCCUUUGAAACGAAUGGCGUAAAGAAAGAGGAGGUGGUGCCCGGUACAAAUGGUGUUGUAAUGGUCAAUGGCAUUGAUGACGAUAAGGGUUUCAAUCACCUUUCGUUCCAAAGCCGUACGCCGGGCUCGCGCCAGCCGUCGCCGGCCGAAGAGCAGCUGCCACGACCGAACAUGCUGGACCCAACGGGCGUACACGGAUCCGGGUUUCCGCAGCAUCCGUCGCUGCACAAUAUGCUCGGUUCUGCAGCACCCGGCGGCAACGACGUCACGCAGCAGGCAGCAGCCGCCGCUCUCGGAUCCUAUCAUCCGCAGAUGAUAAAUCAGAUGGGUCAAAUGGGUCAGCUCGGUCAGAUGAAUCCGAUGAAUCAGUUGAACCAGUUGAACCAGCUGAACCAAAUGCAGAGUCAUGUGAUGAACGGCGUUGGGGGCAUACCGCAGAUUGCACAGAGCCCUAUGGUUAAUCAGCACGGACAAGGACCGAGUCAAAUAGAUUCGCCGGCAAAUCUGCUGCAGCAACCGCAUAACUUCGAGCUACAGCAACUUUUCCGCUCGAAUCCGGGCCUUACCGCAGCCAACUCGGCCGUCCCAGGUGCGCCGAACGGUCAGCCACUGCCCCAGUCGGCCCUCUCGCUGUCGGCCGCCCAGCAGCAGCAGUUCCUGCAGCACAAUGCAGCGUACGCCGCACAGCAGGCGCCACCGUACGUCAUCAACCCGGGCCAGGAUCCGAACCAGUACAUGGGGGCGCUCAUUGCGGCCGGCGUACCGCAGUACUAUGCGCCCGCCCCGUGGGGUGUGUAUCCGGCCAAUCUGGCCAUUCCCCAGCAGCAGUCGCAGCCUCGCCGACCGCUUACCCCAUCGCAACAGGGAGCCGAAAAUCAGCCCUAUCAGGUGAUAUCGGCAUAUUACGACCAGAGCGGUUCGCUGGUGAUGGGACCACGCACCGGAACACCGAUGCGGCUCGUCAGUCCGGCCCCGCCGGUACUGGUGCCGCCCGGUGCAGCUGGACCGCGGGCUCCGCAGGCGCCCCCAAUGUAUCCGCCGCAGCCACAGACCGCACAGCAGAACGUCUACUCGGCCCAGAACGGAUCCAAUGUAGGAGGACUCGGUGCCUUGAACACAUCAUCCCUGACCACACGGCGGGAUUCGUUUGAUCGCAAUACAUCGGCCUUCAGUCCCUCGCUGGACUAUACCUCGGGUGCCUCGACCAAUACGAUGGCGAUGAAUGCGGCCGCGGCCGCAGCUACUGCCGCCGCUCGCAAGUGGCCAGUCGGUGCUGGGAACUACAGCGGUCUCGGUACGGUAGCGGCUGCCUCAGCCAGCCCGCUGGGACCGUCGCUAACGCCACCGCCGGUGUCUGGACUCGGUACGCUGGUAACGAGCCGCGCGCCAGGUGCCGAGACAAAGUACCGCCAGGUGAACCCGAGCCUCGUGCCCGGAAUCUCGACCGGCAACGCGGCCAUGUUUGGCUCGAACAACUGCGCCGCUCAGGCUAUCCUGUCGCGGCUGUCUAGUGCAGUGGCACGCCCAACGACCGCACCUGCGCCCGCUCCAGCAGUGCCGGGAGCGGCACCAGGGCUCGACCGUCCGCCGGGCCGAUCUCGCCUGCUCGAAGAUUUCCGCAACCAGCGCUACCCGAACCUGCAACUGCGCGACCUUACGAAUCACAUCGUCGAGUUUUCGCAGGAUCAGCACGGAUCGCGCUUCAUUCAGCAGAAGCUGGAGCGCGCCAUCAGCGUCGAGAAGCAGCUCGUGUUCAACGAAAUACUGGGCGCCGCCUACAGUCUGAUGACGGACGUGUUCGGCAACUACGUCAUACAGAAGUUCUUCGAGUUUGGCUCACCGGAGCAAAAGCAGGCUCUUGCCCAGCAGGUGAAGGGGCACGUACUGCCGCUAGCGUUGCAGAUGUACGGCUGCCGGGUCAUACAGAAGGCACUGGAAAGCAUUCCGGCAGAGCAGCAGCAGGAGAUUGUGCGCGAGCUGGACGGGCACGUGCUGAAGUGCGUUAAGGACCAGAACGGCAACCACGUGGUACAGAAGUGCAUCGAGUGCGUCGAUCCGGUUGCGUUGCAGUUCAUCAUCGACGCGUUCCGCAACCAAGUGUACUCACUCAGUACACACCCCUACGGUUGCCGAGUGAUUCAGCGGAUACUGGAGCACUGCACGCCCGAGCAGACGGCUCCGAUUCUGGCCGAGCUGCACGCGAACACCGAGCACCUAAUCCAGGACCAGUAUGGAAACUACGUCAUCCAGCAUGUACUGGAACACGGAAAGCCCGAGGAUAAAUCAGCACUCAUUGCCAGUGUGCGUGGAAAGGUGUUGAUUCUGUCUCAGCACAAAUUUGCAUCCAAUGUUGUGGAAAAGUGCGUCACACAUGCCACACGUGCUGAACGGGCGCUGCUUAUCGAGGAAGUUUGUUCGUUUAAUGAUUCCGGACUUCACGUCAUGAUGAAGGAUCAGUACGCGAACUACGUGGUACAGAAGAUGAUUGACGUGUCCGAGCCGACGCAGCGAAAGGUGCUGCUGCAUAAGAUUCGGCCGCACAUGAACUCGUUGAAGAAGUACACGUACGGCAAGCACAUCAUCGCCAAGUUGGACAAAUUUACGUUAAAGACACCGAAUUCGCUGGCAGGCAAUGGUGCCGGUGGGUCGGGUAAUGCGGCCGCUGCCUCUGCGACCGGUACAGCCGCAAAUGGUACGGCUGGCUCGGCAGCCGGUGGUCCUGCUACCAACGGGACUAAUGGUAGUGCAAAUAGCACCACUGGUGAACUCACUGCCAAUGGCCCCUCGAACGGGGCCGGUGUAAGCAACGGAGGAGGUAACGCCAAUGGCGCGGGAGCCACUGCGACAGGUGGCAGUUCGGCCAGCAAUGGUGCCGGUGUUCCAUCGAACGGUGUGACGACUAACAGCAACACCAACGUUAGCGGCGGCAACAGCAACGGUACCAGUGCUGGCCUGCGCCCAAUUGGACCGCCUACCAAUGGCGUCAUGUAAGCAGGUUGAAGCCCGCCGCAACGCCUGUGGUUUCGAAUGGAAGACUCGCAACGACCACUGGAUAAUGUGUAAAUACUGUACGCUAUCUUCGAAUAUUAACCCAGAGCAAAUGCGCAUACACACAGCUCAGUUUUCACCACAGAGGCCAAUUUUUGGGAUCCGCUGUAUGUUUUUUUUCUACGAGCACAUGAUAGGGGACCGUACUGCUGAAUACGGCUAUAAAAAAGUACGCAUCAGACAUUGUUCCUCCUUUCCUAAACCUAGGACGUAAGAAUGUGUGUGAUUGCUCGCAUCUUUAGCCUUUUACAAGACUCAUCGUAAUGCAUCUUCUGAGUUUGGACCAGGGAUCUAACUUUAUGUUAUUAUAUUUUUCUACUACGAGCUUGAAAACGCAAAUAUGUUGCGCCAGUGAAAUACUAAGCGAGAAUCGUCAGCGAUAAAAAGGGUAAUCACGAAUGAGAAAUUAAUAUUCGCUUUCGAACGUAUAAAGUGAAGCUACUAGAAGCAGCGCGUGUAUAAGUUUUCUGUAUUUUGUGUGGCCCCUCCAUAUAUAUAUACAUAUGUUUUGUGUACAUUUUUAUCUCGCGUACGGUGUUAGAUCUCAAUUCUAGAAAUGAAACGAAACAGUAGCAAACAAAAUCAUUCGUUCGCUUGCAACUAAACAGUGUGCGAAUUUGGUGUAAGAAAUGAAGUGCUACACAUACAAAACAGCAACUUUGUGCAUAGUUGUUUAUUGAUGCCUUGGUGUAAGUAGUGUAUUAUUUAGCGAAAAGAACAAUUUCUUGCAAAAGUGAUUUAUAGCACUUCAUUUGGCGAGAUGAAAUAUGCAGGAUGCAGGAAAUCUCUGGCUAUUUUCAGGUCAUAGAUAAUCCAUUUCGUUGCGUGAUCGAACACACGAUACAGCUAAUCAGCUUCGUUUCAUUGUACGUUGCAAUAGUUGCGUUGAUAUCAGCGUUGAUACCACAGGCAAAUGAAAUGGCAUUGCGAAACCAAUCGACGAACCCCUCCUUUGCAGUAUAUUACAAUUACGGCUCAUGAUUAGCAUGGAAAUGGGGGUCCGAUUGCAAUUUACAUUUACAUGCAGGUUCCAGCUCUUGAUUUAGUUGAUUGUACCCACAAACCGUAGUAGUACUGAAGUUUGUACUACAUACAGAAUAUAAAAAAAAAAAAAACAAGAGGACUGUAACUGUAAAAUGCAGCGCAGUAUAAUGCCACGACAUGUUUGUAGAGACUAAGCAUAUAUUAAUACAUGUAAAACGUAAUAUUUAUGGCAACCUAAAUACGCGCACACUCGCUAAAUAACACAUUCAAAGUGUAGAGACAAAUUGGAUACCAACAUCUGUUCAAUGACGAGGUGAAAGUGUAAACAAUGGAGCUUACUAUUUGUUGUGGAAAGUGUUUCGCUGUGUCGGUAAUCAUGGAGCAUAAAUAAAACGUGGAGGGAAGGAAAUUCGAAUUAAAUGAAGCCGUUAUACAGUCUGAAGAGCUUACAGCUGCUACAAGGGAUUAGGCUUGUAUUGAAGGAGGCGGCCGAAGUCGCCAAUAUAGUUGCCAAUAAUGGCCAUGCAUUGCAAGAAUGAUGUUUGUCACAAUGAACAAAUCCAAUGUGCAUCUCCAUCCCAUCUGCAUGUACUCCGAGGCGCAACAUUUUGAUAAAGAAAACUCUAGUAUACAUUUGAGGUUGAUGCAGAAGUGGGUUAUUCAUUUACAGCGUGUAGAAUAUCCCGAUUGUUGCAGUUGUUUAAGGGUGUUGCGACAAAACGAGCAACCGUCAAGAGAGAAAGAGAGGAUUAAGUAGUGUAUGAACUGCUGUAGCGUAUAGUAAAAAGCAGAAGAGCAGUAUCAAUUAUUUUUAAUUAUUACUAGGAAGAAGCUGGCAUAGGGAUCAUUUUUUCAAAAACAAAAAUUAAGAGAACAAAAAUUAAAAAAUAAGUUAGCAUCCACACAAAAAGCAUUGCUACGACGUGACUUUUUUUUCAAAUUGAAACCAACUAUCAAUGACAUAAAUCGCGUUUGGACAUACUAUCCUCGACAAACGCUGGAGUGAAUGCGUGCUCUAUUUUGGUGGAUCAAGAGUUAUGCAAGUCAGACGCAUAACGAUGGAUGAAAAUUGACCGUAUUUGUUAAAGAGCUAGAGCAAAAUAUCCAUCGAGCGGUGACUUUAGAAUUACUCUAGUACAGUUUUAUGUAAGCAAAAGAAAAAAGAAAUAAUAACGGAAACCAUUUACUGCCAUCCCAGUCCAACGUAGUUUGUACUAAUGUGCGGUCUGGUGAUGUGCCGCUUUGGGCAAGCGUUUCAUCUAGCUAAUAGUAGAGCGUUACAGUUACAUUUUCCACAUACAUUUACCAACUAAGGAUGAUGAUAAAAACUCAUUUCAUUUAUUCUUCUUACAUCAGUUUCCGAAACUUGUAGAGUUUAGCCAGAUUUAAGAGUUAUAAAGUCGAACUUACAUGAACUGUAUCAAUUAACAACGAUAAGAAGCUCCGCUCUAGUUUAACCAUUUUAAUACAAUAGAAUUUUAUCACGAAACCGUGAAGCAUCUAAUUAGAAUAUCGAACAACCCGCAGUAACAAGCAAACAGAUGACUAAAUAUGUGAAGUAUUUCUUAUACUUUUUUUUCCUCGUCAACUUGCCGGCGUCAUGCUUGAAAAAGGAGGGAGUUUUCUGGUUCAUAAUAGUAAUAUACCUAUCAAACCCCGUGAGCGGAAUGGAUAGUUUCUACAUAAAAGAACAUAAUCGUACGUUUGAUAAAUGGAGUAACUGUACUAUUUUUAAGCACUUUGCGUAUAGUCCUAGUUCUCUCACCAUAGUGAUAGUACGUAAUUAAAAAAAAAACGAAUAUAGCGCUAUAAUGGUACAGAAAACUAACACUAUUGAUUGCAACUGACUCGCUAAGAUGAGAACACGAUAAUUGAGGCAGAUUUUCUUAGCUAUGUUGGCACAGAAAGGAUGGAGAAGAACGCGCCUCAUCCAAGACUGGAGUUACGUAAGAACCGUGAAUUUUAACGCAAAUUUAGCGAAUGAACAAGUAACAACUUCUACGUGUGUGGUGGCAAAUGUUAGGCAUCCUCGCAUUUGUUUCAAACUGUCCCGUGGGUUUUGUAUGAAUAUGAGUUAGAUUGUCCUUUGUAUGAAAUAUGCUAACUUUUUUUUUUGCAUCAAAAGUAGCAUAAACAAUUUUUAAAUUGCAAUUAGCUGAACAGAUAAUGUUUAAACGUAUUAAAAUUAAUUAUACGAAAUACUUAGUAAAAUAUUUUCCUUUUAUGGAUAUUCAGAGCAAAAUUGGUUCCUUCAUGGUAAUGCUUGAAUUAUAUUUUUCAAUAUUCAAAAAUGUUAUUGGAGCAUAAAGCAUAGAGGUGAAUCGUGUUUUGCUAAGCGGAAAAAAUACCAUUACAGUAGAAAAAGGAUUUUUUGGCUCUAAUUAUGUUCGUUCAUAGUAACAGGAUCGCGGAUAUUUGCAACACAACCCGUUGAACUAUUAAGCAUGCAGUUGUACAUUCAAGAAGUGGUGGGAUAGAACACCUAACUGAAUGGGUUUUAGAUGCUGCUUUAAAAUGAAUCUAUAAAUAUAUAUAUAUAUAAAUAUAUAAAGAAAAUAUUUGUGCUAUGUUAAAUCAAUUAUGAACAGUGAAAAUAACUAUUGUGGGCUUGUAGCAAUGUCUCACGACUAUAUACAUAUUCCUCAUAAUGGAUAGACUUUCUUAGAAACGAUUUUCUAGACUUUAAUAUAAAAAACUGGUUAAAAACCUGUCACAGGACAGUGGAAAAAAGUAACAAAAACAUUAAACACCUGGAUUGACCGAUGGAAAAUGAUCAUAUUUAAAAAGGAAAAAAAUUAGGAGAACAGAUAAUGAGCUACGAAGAUGACAUAGAAAUGCGUCACUGAAACGUUUGAAACCGAACUCUACCGAACUUGGUAUAUAAACAUGUCCUUCCAUUUGUUUCGUUUUCUUUGUACACACAAACACGUUCAAUGCAGGCAUUAUGAGUUGAUUAAACCAUUUUAGCGAGUCCGUACGGAGAAACGAAUGUUGUAAACAUUUGUGACCAUGAAACAGGCGAUCUGAAAAACAAAAACUGGUGUGUGUGUGUGUGUGUGCACACGACAAACGAUCAAUUUGUAUAUCGCUGUACAAAAUUUAUAUAGUUAUUUUAUACUACCUACCCUACCGGAAACUCAGAACCCAACACAGAGACAUUUCUUGUAAAAGUGCGGCAAUUGACAAACUCACACCAUCGUACGAAAACGUACGAACAAACUCAAAUGGCCCGUAUGCAAAUCAUGAUGAAUCACAGCAGCAUCAAGCCGAAUCAAAAUCACCACACAACCAUUACAAAGUAAAAUAGAUCUCGCGCAUGAAGACCGACAGUAUCGGGAGUAUAUGUGGUCGAGGCGUAAAUUCUUAAAAUUUUAAUCAAUUUGCCAGCAGUUCAAUAGAUGAGAUUGACAAAGCGCGCGUGUAUGGGUGUGCGUAAAGGAGAAGCAUUUUGAAUAGUGUUUGAUUGUACAUUAGAAUUCUUAGAUACACAAAAAAAAAAAAUAAGAAAAACCAGUUGUAGAAAUCCUUCGUAAAUAUUACAAAAUGCAUCCAACUUGCGUUACAGAGAAGCGUAGAAACGAUAUUUAUAAGGUGUGUACGCGUGUGUGUGUGUGCGUGUGUGAGUUCGUGACCUUUAUGCAAAAGUGUCUAGGUGGAAAAGAGAAAACGGUGAAACUACAGCUACAGUAUCCAGGUUGAGUAGAAUAAUAGAAAAGACCUCACGAAAAUGACAACCCAAACUUCUCAAGACCAAUUGAUGGGAACGGUUUAAAAAGUGUGUAUAAUUCUCUGUACAAACCACCAAAAGAGCACUUAUAUAUAAAGAAAAGUACGCAAUGUCUGCAGAGUAAAUAGUGGUAAAAAAAAAAUAUGGCGAAACACCAUAAAUCGAUUCAGCAAUGCAAAUAUCAGGAGAGCAAAAGCAGAAACAGAGAGCAUGAACCAUUCUAACACGAAACCCCAAUAGCGAUCAAUCGAAAAUAGAAGCCAAUGUAAAUACAACAAUAUCCACACUGCGCGAAGAGGCGCGUACAUUUUGUGUGAGACGUUGGACUGAACAUACAUACUACACGAGAUAAGAAAUAAUACCCACAAUACACGCAAUACCACCUCCAAAAACUGGACUGUACUACAAACACAUGUCACAUGGAAUAGAAGAACAGAAACACAACUUUCCACCACUGAGUAGGGGAAAAGACACUCGCAUACCCCCCAAAAACAUAGGAAUGUGUAAAAAGAAAAACCUUGUGAAAAAUCUAGAAAAAUCGCCACUACCAUCACUACAACAACCACCACCACCACCACCACCACCAAGACGACCCUUGAAGAUCACUUUUAUACAUUCUUACCACACACGCCGGAAGUUUAAGAGAAGAGACGUGUAAAAUUGUGCUGUACAAAUAAUAGAACACAAACCCAGGGGAGGAGGAUGUGGGACGAAAAAAAAACCGCUAUCAAGUGUUCUUCUCAGGUUAGAUUUGUUUUCUCUAUAAUGAUGGGAGGAGUGAAGGGAAGGGCAUAGGAAUGUAAAGAACAAAACUCGCUCUGCACCACGUGUGUGUGUGUGUCUGCUGUCGACUUUACACCGAUUGCGCAAGGCUUGUUAACACCGGGAAUGACGGGGUUUUGGGUUAGGUGAGCAAGGUAGUCAAAAAGGGUGGGAAAAUACAGAACACGUGAGUAAUGGAAGCAUGGUCUAACAAGCUUAGAAUCACUUUGUAAAAAAUAUGUAAUUUUUGUUGUACAAUUCAACUAAAUAGGGGAAAAAUUAUGGCGCCUGAAGAGAAGAGAAUGUGUAAUCUAGACCAGACCAAAUGACUCGGGAAAAGAUAGUACAUAUAGGUUCACAGUAUUGCAUUUCAUUUAAUUUCAAUUUUGCCCACACAAUGAGUUAAAAUCAUUACGUUGUACAAAUUAUUCUUACGAACCUCUAAAAAGCUGUGUUCGUUUGUUGUUUUAUGACUGUAAAAUUAAUCGAUUCCAAGACAAAUGUAAACUAAUGAGUUUGGGCUUUGAUAGCAAGGGAAGGAAAUUAAUCUAAGUUAAGAAGACCGCACUCUUCCUCUCUUAAUCGUUCUCAUUCUCUUCAGGAUGCCUGUUGCUGUUCAUAGACCAUUUGGGAAAACUGCAUGUACUGAUGCUGAGUUGUUGUAUAACUUCAUCGUUUGAUUGUUUUGUUUAGCUAAGCCCAGAAAAGAAGCGAACGAUUACAACACUAACCCACACACACACACACCAGCUAUAAUGCGGGACAUUUUGUGAAAAUUUGUACAAAAAUCAUCAUCUCCACUAAUAACAACAAGCCGGCAACGACUGGCUCGAAAGGUGGCGGGAAAGCGGAAAAACCACAUACACACACUCACACAGCCCAAAAAAGAAUGUAAACAUCUAUGUGUCCAAAACACACAUUAGCCACCCCUAAAACAGUGCUUCGCUUCUACCCUCUACAAUAUGACCUGCCUUCAUCCUCGGAAAUCGUGUGAUAUGUACAGUGAAAGUGUGUAACAUAACAAAAGUGAGAAAUUCGGAUUCUCCUACAAACAAGAGGAACGAAACUGGCAGUGAAUGUGCAAAAUGAAAAACAUAUGCAUUUUAUGACAAAAGUUCUUUUUUUCUCGCUUUUAAAAAGAGGUUUAACAGACCAAAUCAGCAGUCUCGCUAUUCCUCUGUCUUAAGCAAAAGUCCUCCGAAAAGGACGCGCAGUGUCUUGCAAACUUCAAAAAUUCGAUGGGCUUUCAUCUCUGUACUUUAUUAAACAGUGGAAAAACGUGAUCCCAACACGCUGUGGUAAAGCCGCUUUCCCCCGACCAUUAAGAAUCCGUUUGUUGGCUGGUUUGCUCCUGUGUGUAAAGAUUAACAGUCGCUCCCCUCCCCCCAGUGCAAAUACGGCGACAUUUUGUAUAAAUUGUUUUUAACUGUAAAAAAAAAAGUGAAAGGAAACACUAACACAUACAAUUCAUAACAAAAAUCUGCGCAAAAUAUACCCCCCCCCACCUCCCCCGCUCCCUGCAGCGCCCUACCACUACCCCGCAAACAGGCAAAGAACAAAGUCCCAAGAAUUAGAAUCUUUUAUCUGGUGUAUUGUAAAUUUAAAGAAAAUAAGUGGGUGAAACGAUUAAACGAAGCAGCAUUGAAAUUGGCAUUGAAAUUCUGCAACCACAACAACCACACGAUCUGUGAUUUUUUUCUACUUGAACUGCAAGACACGCCAGCAAUGCUACAUAAUCUACCACCCUUUUCCUUCCACCUUAUCCUCCGCUCCUAUCCAGCAAAGCUCUCACACCUCGAAUCCUUCCCGCGUACCCAGGUCCAACUUCGGGUCCAAUGUUUCGAUACGAAAAAAGAAAGGAUUAUCGGCACAACAUCCAAGGAAAACAGACACUUGUGGGAAUGGGAGGCGCGUCCUCCGUUGAUUGUAAAAUCGUGUAAUUGUUGUGUAAAAUUUGCCUACUGCUCUAAAUUGCAUUGCUUGUAAAGUGUACAUUCGCAAACUAAAAUUAAAACUUUUAUUUUAUCGUGACGAUGUUCCACUCUUAGUUAGAUACCUUCCGAUUCAGAUCGAGAGAUCAACUACAAGCACUUCAAUAACGUUCAACACGGAACGAAUUAUUUGAAAUAGAAAAGAUCCCUACUCUGUUAUUAGUGUUGUUCUAUUUUAACGCUGUUAAAUGCAAAAAUAUCCUCUGUUUUUCUCUUCAACGUUUAUCUCUCUCUCUCACUACCUCUGUACAUUAGGACACUAACGCUCCACUUUUGUAUUAAAAUUCAUCUCCCUCCCUCUCCCCGCAAAUCAACAAGUGUACUUCUUAUAAGAGCUAGAACGACUCAUGAAAAAGAAGAAAAGUGAAAGGUUAAGGGGCAUAACAGAGAACAACUGAUCUUCGUAAUGGAGCGACAAACAGCAUACAUAUUGAAAAAAGAAGAGACAAGUAAAACUAAAGCAACACCUACAAAAAGAUGGUAGGAUACAAAGCAUAAAAUUAUGCGAAACAUGCAAAACCUAAAACCCUGACACAACGCGCAAUGUUAAGACAAGAAUGAAAUGGAAGUGUGAAAAUGGAAAAGAGAACGAAAGAGAAAAAGUUGUAGAAAAAACAAAUUUAGCUUGAGCUAAUGUAAUAAAAGAGACAACAGGAAGGAGAAAACAGAAAAGAACGUAUAAAGUAUAAAUAUGUCACCGAAUAAACACAGCAAAAAUACAGUGUAUUGAAAAAGAAAGGAAAGCUACAUGAAAAUGAAAGCGAGGUCAAACAACAACUGUAAAUGAAAAAUAAAACACAAGUUGCAAUAUUAAAUCCGACAAAAGAUAACGAAUUGCGUAAAAACAACUCACAACACACAAUGGAAAUUUAUCAGAGAUUAAAUUAAAAUUACCUUAUAAAAAUGUUCAUACAAGAUUUUUGUUAAGACCUUCUGCAUGAUACUGCAGCACGUUUGACACAAGUGAAAUUGAACGUAUUUCGUUUAUUGAAAUUGAUUUUUUUUUCUUAGCUAAUUUAGUAAGUUUUGCAUAGUUUUUUUUUCGUUUUGUGUAACUUAUCUUCAUUUUUUUGUAUUUUUACAAUUCAAUGAUUGUGUAUCCGUACGAAUUUAGUUAUUUACAUCGUGGUAGCAUUUUUCUAUUAGAACGACAUAUAUUGUGGAGGUGCACAGCGUAUGCAAACACGUUUUGCUAUCCAAUACUUGGGACACCUGUCGUUUAUGUGUAUGUGUGUGUGUGUGUGUGUAGGAGUGUGCACGCUAGCAUGUUUUGGGUGUGUGUUUGUUGUUUUAUGUUUUUAAUCGUGUUGUCGUUUUUCAUUUUGAAAUUGAACCAGUUUUAGCGAGUGUUUCAAUCAUCCAUCGUGUAUAACCUAUCGAUUUUAGAAGCAACUCUGAGUAAAUAAAACGACGCAACCAGCAACAGAAAUAGAGAAUAAAAAGAGAAAAUACAAAACGAUCAACAAUUGCGUUUGAAGAAUGGAAAUACAGCAAACAGAAUAAAAAGAAGAGAAAAAGAGGAAGCAAAAACAUAUGCGACUAUGAACAAACAACACAAACAUAAUGAAGCAUAAGGAACACACACUCACACACGGCUAUAAAUAAUUAUAAAAACAACAUAUAAAUAUGAAAGUAAUAUUAAUUUGAACAUAACUAUAAAUAUUAUAAUACUAUCAAACAAAUAAAUUUUCUGUAACAUUGAAGAAAUAAUAA